AUGGCUACCGAGCAACCUAUCGUGACUGCUCCGGACGCUGCAACUGGCAGUGAUCCCGAAAAGACAAUGGCCAACCUCGAGAAUGCUAUGGAUGACACCAGGCUCCAGGAUGCAGGCGCAUCUCCCGAACUCUCAGAAAAGAACGGCACGAACGGUCCUACCAUGGUAAAUGGCACUUCAGAAGUACAGACUGCCCCUGCUGUCGGCGGAGCGGUCGAGCCGAAACCCACCGCUGCUCUGAACUUGCCGUUGUCUUCGAUCGAUGGCCCCAUCAAGACACCUCUAGGUGCGCCACUACAGUCGUCGGAACCCAAACAGCGGCCGGACUUGACAUCAGAGCAAGAGGAGAAGUACAAGACUAUGCUGGCGAACGUUGAGAAAUGGACCGAAGUUCCCGAGACCUCUGUCCGAGGGGCCGGUAACACACCGCUGGAGGAUGAUGAGAGAAUGUUCCUGACAAGAGACUGCCUUCUUCGAUAUCUACGUGCAGACAAGUGGAAUGUGAGUGCCGCAGAGACCCGGCUGAAGAACACUCUGAUCUGGCGUCGCGAGUACGGCAUCAAGAAGAUCACAAGUGACUACGUCGGAAUCGAGAACGAAACUGGCAAGCAGCUGAUCAUAGGCUGGGACAACGAAGGCCGGACGUGUCAAUACAUGCGACCGUCAAAGCAGAACACCGAGCGUGGUCCACGUCAGAUCGAGCAUUUGGUGUACAUGCUGGAGCGGUCGAUUGACUUGAUGCCUGCCGGCCAGGAAACCCUGACCCUGCUCAUCAACUUCGCCGAGACCAAAUCGGGCCAAGGUGCAACUCUCGCCCAGGGCAAACAGACACUCAACAUUCUUCAGAACCACUAUCCGGAACGACUAGGACGAGCCCUGGUCACAAAUGUACCAUUCUACAUCUGGGGCUUCUUCAAGCUGAUCACCCCCUUCAUCGACCCUCUGACGCGCGAGAAGAUCAAGUUCAACGAGGACUCGGGUCUUCAUGUCCCUCGAGAGCAGCUCUUGAAGGAGAGCGGUGGUCUUGUAGAGUUCGACUAUGACCACUCGGUUUAUUGGCCUGCGCUCACACAGCUUGCGGACCAGAAUAGAGCAGAACGAAAAGCACGCUGGGAGAAGGCAGGCAAGCGUGUGGGCGAGUAUGAAAUGUACUUGAAGCGAGGCCAGGACAAGUGUCUAGCUGACCUCGAAAAAGAGUCGGUACUCGCGGCUGCUGUACCAGAAGUAUGA